GGUACUUCAAGGCAAAUAGGUGGCGAUCAAAUCCUUGACCUGGAUAAAAAAAGAGGCAGAUUCAUUGAACAUAAAGAAACUUUCAUGGUUAGUCCUAAUAACAAAGCUGUAAAGGAGACAUGUGAACUCACAUCAAGAAAGAGGAUGAUGUUACCUAGAGAUACCUGCUUGUAAAACAAAUAAACGAAGAUUUAAAAUGCAAAUGCUGAAAAAGAGACAAGAUUGCUCAACGACACAUGGACGGAAACUCCCCAGAGCUACCGCGUAUGCGACUAGGUGAAUGAAACAGCCUCAGGAAAUGGAGGAAGAAUAAACUCAAAUGGCUUUGGAUUUGUAAUGCGAGCAGCUUUUGCAGAAUUUCAAGGAAAUUUGCUUUCGUGCUUCUGGAUUUAAAAUCAUGUCUGUUCACAUUGUAGCCUUUGGGAAUGAAAGAGAUGGAUUUUCCGAGGAUGAUCAGAAGAGUUUGAUCUGGACCUAUCUUGGGAGAAGUGCUCUAGUUUCAGAGACUGAUAGUAAUUUGUUGCUAAACUCUGCCAACUACCUUAGAAAUCCUGCAUUCACCGAGUAUCAAGCUUGUGUGUUUGGAAAUGUCAGAUUGGUGGUACAUGACUGUCCUCUCUGGGAUAUUUUUGAAAGUGACUGGUACACAUCUCGGAACCUCAUUGGAGAAGCAGAUAUCAUUGUGAUUAAAUAUUCUGUAAAUGACAAGUCUUCAUUUCAAGAAGUAAAAGAUAUUUAUGCACCACUGAUAAAGAAAACACUUAGUCACUGUUCAGUUCCAGUUAUAAUUUCUGCUGUUGGUGCAAGACAAAACGAAGUCCCUUGUACUUGUCCUUUGUGUAUCUCAGACAGAGGGAGCUGUGUUACGGCUUCUGAAGGAAUUCAACUUGCUAAAGAACUAGGAGCUACUUACUUGGAACUGCAUAGCCUCAAUGAUUUUUACAUAGGAAAAUAUUUUGGUGGAGUGCUGGAAUAUUUCAUGAUACAAAGCUUGAAUCAGAAAUCAUCUGAAAAAAUGAAGAAAAGGAAGAAAAGCCAUAAAUGCCAUGGAGUUAAGCCACCUCAGCUUGAUCAACCAGAAAAAAUGCCUAUCUUAAAAGGUGAAGCCUCACAUUAUGACUCUGAUUUACAUAAGUUGUUGUUCUGCUGCCAGUGUGUUGAUGUGAUAUUUUACUCUGAAGACUUGAAGGAGGUAGCAGAAGCACACAGGAUUGUUUUAUGUUCUAUUAGCCACGUCUUCAUGUUGCUUUUUAAUGUGAAGAGCCCAACUGACAUUCAGGAUUCUUCUAUCAUUAGAACUGCUCAAACACUUUUUGCAGCCAAUCAGGAAACUGUGUUUCCCAUUUUAAAACAUGGCACAUCAUGCAGUUCACCCGUAAGAGUCAUUGUUAAAGACUCAUUCUUCUGUUCUUGUUUGACAGAUAUUCUGCACUUCAUUUAUUCAGGUGCUUUCCAAUGGGAACUAUUGGAAGAGCACAUUAAAAAGAAACUGAAGAAUCCUGGUAAUGUUGAGCUUGUUCUUGAGAGGGUAAAAUGUAUCUUGAAAAUUCCAGGAAAGGUUAACAGUUCACAGAAUUAUAGAACUUAUUUGUCAGAAAGACCUCUACAAUUAUGUAACAGCUCUCUCAGACUUUUCUUUAACACAACGGUAUUAGCUGAUGUCAUGUUCAAAAUACAAGGUACUACAGUACCAGCUCACAAAGCAGUCCUGGUGGCUCGCUGUGAAGUAAUGGCAGCUAUGUUUAAUGGCAACUAUAUUGAAUCAAAUAGUUUUUUGGUUCCAGUUUAUGGAAUUUCCAAAGAUACAUUUCUAUCUUUUCUAGAGUAUCUGUAUACAGACUCCUGUUGUCCAGCCAGCAUUUUGCAAGCCAUGUCACUUUUAAUAUGUGCUGAGAUGUACCAGGUUUCAAGGCUCCAGCACAUCUGCGAGCUUUAUAUCAUUACACAACUCCAGAGCAUGCCUAGUAGAGAAUUAGCAUCUACAAGCCUGAGUGUGGUCAGCUUGCUUCAAAAAGCAAAGUUUCAUAACUCUGAUUGCCUUUCAAAUUGGCUGCUUCAUUUUAUUGCUUCUAAUUACUUAAUCUUCAGUCAGAAACCUGAGUUUGAAGAUCUUUCAGUGGAGGAACGCAAUUUCAUAGAGAUGCAUAGAUGGCCUUCUAGUAUGUACCUGAGACAGCUUGCAGAGUACAGGAACUACAUUCAUUCUCGGAAAUGUCAUUGUAUAAUAAUGUAAACUAAAAAAUUGUCUUUAUGAAUUAUUGAAAGCUAUGCUUCAAGAAUCUUAAAAUUCAAAGUCGAUAUCAAGCUUAAAUGUUGCACUUGCUAAUGAAUAACUACUGUACCUUUUAAAAGCAUGUGAAACAUAUUGUAAGCAUAUGCAUUUACCCAAGAUGUAUUUUGGUUGUGUUGUUGGGUCUGAUUCUAUACUAUUUCAGGUUUUUUAGAGGAACAUGUACUAAUUUGAAAUAUUUGUUGCUUAUAAUGUAUCUAGGAUUCCAGGAGCUUGAAACAGAGAUUCUGCAUUCAUUGCUCAUUUUUUUUAGCUAUUUCUUUUAAAGAUUUUAGUAAGUUAUUUAUGAGCUUUUUAGGAAUUUUAUAUUUUGUAAAAACAAAGGGCUUGUAAAAAGGACAUUCUAUUUUGGAAUUAAAAAUGUACCUCCUCUGCAUCAAAUUUCUGGAAAAAAAAAUCUUGUCAGAAAAUUAUUUAAGUUUUCCCCUCACUGAGGAAUCUAAUAUAGUAAAAGAGUCCCAGUAUGGUUUUCUAGUUCCUGUAAAGCAAAAGAUGAUUGAAAAAUAUUUUACUGUUAUUGUUUCCAGUAUAACUGCCUAUAUAGAAGCAUUUUAUGAAGUUUUUUUGUUGUGGAAAAAAAUAAUAACCCAUUUUGAGCAUUCUGACAAUAAGAAUAUUACAUUCUUGCCUCCAAGUAGAUGAUAAUUUAAGAACAAUCAUUUCACAAUUUUUUAAAGAACACUAUUCCUAAAAAGGAGUGUGUAAAUUCAAGCAGUGCCACAUGUAUGCAUGUGUAUAUUUCUUUCAUUCCUGAAAGCUGUACUAUAGUUUGUUUUCUAUAUUUAAUAUGCUACAGGCACCAAGGGAAAAGGAAGGAAACACUAGAUUGACUUACUCUGAUCAUAUGGAUCCAGGCCUUUUAUGCUCUUGGGGCAUAAGCAUACUAUUCCACUGAGUCCUUUCUAUGAUUCCAUUCUCAUUUCACUGAAGAAUUUAAUAAACUCAGUUAGGGAUUUUGCUGCAUGCCCACUUUUCCCAGAAUACUUUAUCUGUUAAGGCAUACUUGUCAGUUUUCCCAGAUAGAUUUGCACAUUCUGGCCAGGUUUCUGAGGAUUUGAGGAUUUUCCAGGUUUCUUCUAGAAGGCAGAAAGUACCUCCCAUUGCUUUGUAGGUACACAUUAUUGCUAAGACUGUAGUCUGUUUUUUCUGUCUGCACAUGUGGCUAAGUGUAUGCUUUAUAACCCACCUGGACCUGUAGAGACCACAUUGUAUCUUCUAUGUGUACAAAAAUGGCACAGGAACGUUCCAGUGUUAGUGAAGCAACAGUUGAAUCAGGAACUACCUGGCCCAUAGCACACACUUGUAGACAAUGCACUGCAUUAAGUAUUGGUCACACAUUACCCAGAUAUAUUAUAAUGGCUCUUAUAAAUAGUGUUUUAUACAAUGUUUUGUAUUGUUUUUAAAAUGCCAAGGAGAAUACUACAAACUAAUUUAUUUCUAGCAGUGGAAUUUUUAUUAAGGAAACUUAAAAAUGUUUCUAGCAUUUUUGUAUGAUUGUAAGUACCAUAGAAAUAGAUACAUUAAAAUCAAGUUAUAACUUGUUCCUUUGCUUUAAUUUCAAAAUUGUAAUAUAUUCUUUGUAAAUCAGUUCAGUAAGAAUUUAAUUUCCCAUAUAACAAUGCCUAACUAUUUGUUAAGUAAGCAGGCACAUAGAUUCUCUGUACUAAAACCACAAUAAAUCACAAAUUGAUCUGGUAGUUAAUUACAACGAUUUUAUCUGUAAAUCUAGGCAUCAUUUUUCAAAUGACUGAAAUGCUUUAAGAUUAUGAUUUAGUGUAAAUGUUCCUUUCAGCUGGAAGUUGAUAGGUGUAUACAAGUAGUUAUGCCUUACACUUUAUCCUCAAAAUAUUAACAUCCCAAUGUAGCAGUAGUAUACAAAGGUAAUUGUAUAUAACAGUAUGAAGCAGAAGCACUCAAUUUUCUGCAACUUAGAAAAAAUGAGAGUUAAAAAAUGCUGCUAGAGCCAAGGAAAAUUAGUGUAUGGGGACAGAAUUAAAAGACACAUAUGGAGUACUGUAUGUUCAUGAGUUCUUAGUGUAGGUAGGAAUACUGGAUUGUUGAAUAUCUUUGAAUUCAUUAAAAUGAACAAUCCUGUGACACUGCAGAUAUUCAUAACUAGUGACCUGCAAAUCCUUGGAUAGUAUGUUUUGCAAAAUAGCUCAUAAAAAUGACAGAGCGUUCAUGGUUUCUUCGGAAUACACACACACUGCACUAUAAUCUCAGAUCAUGAAAUCUAUUCACACUGCUUCAGAUUCAUAGGAUUAAGUUGUAAGUUACUAUGUUUCUUAAAGUUUUUUUAUGGACAGUUAUGUCUACUGUGAAGGAUAAUCUGCAGCAGCUUCUACAUUUCUAAUAGUAUUAUAUUUAUUAAUACCCAAGAAUUGAUAAAUAAUAAUCUAUAGAAUUCACAUACUGAAUGGAUUACUUUAAAAUAUAUUUUUAUAAGAAAAACAUUUCUAGUAGCACACUGUUAGUUUUUUAAUGAAUAAAUGCUGAUAUCAAGCCAGCAUGGAAGUUUGUAGAGAUGCAACCCUAAGAUUACAAUUAAAAUAUUUGUUGAUUUUUUAUGGAUGGAUAAGAAUGUUUAUGGCUUGGCUAAAAAAAAAAACACCUUUAUUUUGGCAUGUGUUGGGUAUAUAAUAAUUUCACAGGUUAACAGAUUCUUUAAAUUCACAAGAUUUUAAUUGUGCAAUUUAAUUUCUUGUAAUAUGGCAUUUUAUUAAGUGCUCAUUUCAUGUGACUAUCCAUUAAAUAGCUG